AUGAAUUUGUAUAAUAAAGAAUUGUCAUGGGAUAUCCUCACAAUUUUGGGAUAUCCUCGCAAUUUUGAGAUAUCUUCACAAUUUUGGGAUAUCCUCGCAAUCUCGGGAUAUCCACGCAAUUUUGAG